GUCGUAAGCGGAAGUAAACAUCGUGUGGUUUCACGUGUGAGCGGGAGAAGACGUUUUUAUAAGUAAUCCUAAACAUCUCUGAGUGUUGAGUGGCAUGGCGCUAAAAUUGGAACGAUUUGUCUGUCCGGGGAAAGGCAAUGGUCUGCGAGCAAACCAGAGAGUGCUAGCAGGCGAACUCCUGUAUACAGCGGAACCUUUAGCAUGCUGCGUGUCCAGCCAAUGCAGAAAUGUCGUUUGUCACAGUUGCUUCUCACGGCAUGAAACUCUCCUUCGAUGUUCUCAGUGUAAGGUAGCACGGUAUUGUGAUGUCACCUGCCAGAAACGGGCGUGGUCAAUCCACAAGAGGGAGUGUAAAUGUCUCCUCAGCCUUCAUCCCAGAAUCCCCACUGAUUCAGUCCGUCUGGCUGCCAGGAUCAUCUUUAGAUUGUUGUGUCCUUCCCAGAUGACUCCACAGCUGUAUUCGUUUGAGGAGCAUGAGUCGCACCUGUGUGAUGUGGGAGAGGAGAAGAGGGAGGGUCUGUCUCAGCUGAGCUCUAUGCUCCAACUCUACCUCAAACAAGAACAACCUGACAUCAUACAGAAAGUGCCAUCCUUUGACCCCAUCAGCCUGCUGGCAAAGGUUACGUGUAACUGUUUCACCAUCAGUGAUGCAGAACUGCAAGAGAUUGGAGUAGGACUCUACCCCAGUAUGUCGUUGCUGAACCAUGACUGCAGGCCCAGCUGUGUGAUGCUGUUUCAGGGGAAAACCCUCCAACUUCGAGCCAUCAGGGACAUCCAACCCACUGAGGAGGUGACUAUUAGUUAUAUAGGUGUGUUGCUUCCUACCAGAGAGAGACAGACUCAGUUAAUGGAACAGUAUCAUUUCAGCUGCCAGUGUGGACUAUGCAGCACUGCAGAAUUGGAUCCCCUGAUGUUCUGUGGGGUGAAGGAGGCCUGGACCCCCAUGAAAGAAGCCAUCCCCAGGCUGGAGAUUCUGCAGACCAAUGGGAACUGGGAAGAGCUCUUACAGGAGUGUAGUUCUCUGCUAGCUCCAGUGGGUGGCGCUGUCCUAGCUGUCCCUGAUAGUAAUGUGUACCGGCUGAGAGUAACAGAUCUUGCCUUUGACGCCUGCAUUAACCUGGCCCGGUGGGAAACAGCGCUGGCCUAUGGACUCAAGACUCUGGGGCCGUACAGGCAAUACUACCCAGACCCUCACCCUGCCCAUGCCAUCCAGCUGAUGAGAGUGGCCAAGCUUCAGCACUUCUUGGUUCACUUGGAGGAUGCACAGCACACUCUGAGAUUGGCCUAUGACAUCAUGAAGAUUACCCAUGGCAAUGAGCACUCGCUAACCUCUGACCUAAUCAGGAAGUUGGAGGAGUGUCUGGCAGAGAUGGACUGCAAAUAGCAGUACACCCCAGCGAGAGAGAGAUGUCUGUCGAUUGCUGUUCAAAACUAGCAUACAGUAUAGAAUGAUGAUGUGUCAGGUAGGUUUUAUGAUAUCUGGUAAUAAAAGAAUUUCCUACAUCU